AUGCAUCUGAAGCUAGGGGACGUGCGCGGAGGCGAGGUCGAUCCGAUACGGCCAACAAGUAGAAACGCAGAUAUGAGCAACAACAGCAACUCACACAGCACAUCGCCCAUUGAACGUGAAGGGAGUGUAGAGAAUGAAACGAUGACUGCCAGCGCACACGGCGCACACGGUGCUCACAGCAGCGCACAGCCAUCCCCACCUAUACCACAAACAGCACCACUUAACGUAUCGAAAGAGCAAUCACCAGCAGUCUCAAACAUAGUCAGAAAGAAGCUCGGAGGAUUCGUCGGAUUCGCCAAUCUGCCAAACCAAGUACACCGCAAGUCUGUGCGCAAGGGAUUCUCAUUCACUUGCAUGGUCGUAGGUGAAUCAGGAUUGGGCAAGUCGACGCUGGUGAACACGUUGUUCGAAACUAGCUUAUAUCAGCCAAAGACACUGCCAGAGUUGGGCUCCGAGUUGAGUUCUACGGUUGGUAUAGAGAAUAUAUCAGCAGAUAUCGAAGAGAAUGGCGUAAGACUAAAGUUGACAGUGGUGGAUACGCCUGGCUUUGGUGACUUUAUCAACAACGACAGCUCCUGGGAUCCUAUAGUCACCUCAAUCGAGUCGAGAUUCGAUCAAUACCUCGAACAGGAGAACCGAGUUAACAGGGCAAAGCUCAACGAUAACCGCGUUAAUGCUUGCAUAUACUUUAUUCAACCAACAGGACACUCGCUCCGUCAAGUUGACAUAGAGUUCAUGAGAAGAUUGCACACGAAAGUAAAUUUGAUACCAGUAAUCGCAAAGAGUGACACGCUUAGUGAGGAAGAGGUUGAUUCUUUCAAGAGACGCAUUCUAGCAGACAUUGAAUAUCACAAGAUCGAGAUAUUCAAAGCACCUGCGUAUGAGAUGGAAGAUGAUGAGACAAUACAAGAAAACAGUGAAAUUGAAUCAAAGAUACCAUUUGCGAUUGUUGGCUCAACGCAGACGAUUCAAACAGGAGACGGUAGAAGUGUUCGCGGUAGAUCAUAUCCAUGGGGUGUUGUUGAGGUUGAUAAUGAGGAACACUGUGACUUUACAAAGUUAAGACAAAUGAUGAUUAGAACACACAUGGAGGAGUUGAAGGAGAAUACCGGGAUUCUUUACGAGAAUUACAGAUCAGAGAAGAUGUUGGCUAUGGGAGUUCAACAGGAUGCAACGGUGUUCAAGGAGGUUAACCCAACAGCCAAGGCGGUUGAAGAGAAGACCUUGCACGAUGCCAAGCUUAGCAAGAUGGAAGCAGAGAUGAAGCUGGUUUUCCAACAAAAGGUACAAGAGAAGGAAGCAAAGCUGAGACAAAGUGAGGAAGAACUCUACGCGAGACACAGGGAGAUGAAGGAAUCGCUAGAGAAGCAAAGAGGGGAGUUGGAUGAUAAGAGGAGGAGAUUGGAGUCGGGUAGGCCACUGACACCGGAGAGAGGUGGAGGCGGAGCGCAAUCGACGCAGAAGAAGAGCAGAGGGUUUCUACGUUCAUAA